AUGUCACUAACCCUCCCGUUAGUCUCCAACUCUUUAAUCCCACACACUCCUUCUCUCACAAUCUUCUCUCCCUCUGAUACUGCAUUUACUCAAUCAGGCCAACCCCCUCUUUCUAUCCUCCGUCUCCACUUCUCUCCACUCUCUUUCCCUCUCAAUUCCCUCGAGUCCCUCUCUCUAGGUGCCAAGAUCCCAUCUCUUUUUCCAAAUUAUUCACUUACCAUCACUUCUACCGGCGAUGACGUUUCACUAAAUGGGGUCAAGAUUAAAGAUUCCCCGGUUUAUGAUGAUGGUUCUUUGGUUAGUAGGGUUUUGAAUUCAAAAGGCUACUCUGUUAUGGCCUCUUUUCUUGAUUUGCAAUUAAUGGUGGGCUUUACGGACAAGACUGCGUUAACAAUCUUUGCUCCUGUUGAUGAAGUGAUAAAGGCUUUUCUCUGGGAUUUGAGGGAGUACUCUUCAAUGUUUCUCAAGCAUGCUGUUCCUUGCAAGAUUAUGUGGGGCGAUUUGGUUAAUUUUGAUGAUGGGGUUGUUUUAGAGACUUAUUUGGAGGGAUUUGGGAUUACUGUCUCAACAUCUGGUGAUAAUUUGAUGCUUAAUGAUCAAGCCUCAGUAAAUUUCCCAGACAUGUAUCACAAUGACUGGCUUGUGAUUCAUGGCCUCCAAUCGAUACUUAAGGAACCAGAGAGUGAAUAUAGUUUCUUGGAUGAUGGUGAUGAAUUCUAA